UGUCAUAUGAAGUAGCAUAUACAACUGUAAGCACCCAGAAAAAAAAGAAUUUGAAAGUUCUAUUCAGAAUGGCAUCCAAUUUUACAAACGGAACUCAUACAAGUUUGAGGGAAAUAGAAUACCAAAGAUUUCUGGACAAAUACAUCCCAACUACAAUAGUCCUCAUAGUUAUGUCGGUCGUGGGAACUAUUGGCAAUAUACACACGAUAUUAGUAUAUAUGUUAUCACCGAUCAUAGUAAAAUAUUCUGUUCGAGUUUUUAUCAUUUGGCUUGCCUUUAUCGAUCUUACAGCAUGUUUGUUUUGUAUGCCUUUUGAGAUAUUUGAUAUUAGAUACGAAUACACAUUUGCAUCUGUAGGUGCUUGCAAGUUCUUUAAAUUUCUUAAUCACAUUGUUACAGCGGCUUCAACCAUAUUAUUGACUACAAUUGCUUUUGAAAGAUAUAAAACAGUUGUCAAGAAGUUGCCGAUAUCAAUUGCAAAUUCAAAAAGGUCGAAUGUCAUAUCUGCUGUUCUGGUUGGAAUAUCCAUGAUUUGGCCAAUUCCAGUAUUAGUAUUUUAUGGUCUGAACAAAAAUGAAACGGAUUUUUUUUGGCUAAGCGGCAAGGAUUGCAGGCUUCUCCCAAAGUAUCAAUAUAUACGUGAUGCAGGAGUUUGUUACAUAAUAACAUUAGUUAUAGGUUUAGUUUGCGUUGGCGUGUGUAUCGUCUCAUAUGGAAGAAUACUGUGUGAAAUUUGUACUCAGAAAAAAUGGAGAAAAUCACUAAGAAAGAAGCCAGUUCUGUUUUUCAAUCCAACUUCGGAUAUCAGAUUGAGGACCACCCAGGUAAUCUCAACUAUAGAAAAUGGGGAGGUAAAAAAGAAUCAAGUGAAAACUGAAAUUUUUGACAUGCCAAGUAAGAAGUCUACUCAUGCAUCACACAAUCUUGGAAAUGCGACUCGACUAACCAUAAGCCUCAUGAUAGCAACCGCCAUUUCCUACACUGGACAUUUGUUGUAUGUUUUCGGAAACAUUGUACAAAUGUUGAAUCCCACGAUGUAUCAAAACAGUAUCCAACCAGUAUUUGAUAUCCUUGUGCGUGCAUAUUUUAUCAACAAUGUAACCAAUCCUAUCGUAUUUUCUCUUUUUGAUAGAAGUUUUCGCCAGGAAUGUUUAAAAUUGUAUGGCAAAAUAUCGCGCCGGAAUAAAGCUGGCUAAACCUUCUGCCGAACAAAAUAUAUAUUUGAUACAGCUUAUAUGCAUACAUUUAGUGGGACAGGAUUGUGAAAAAAGGUAUACUUUUACCUUCAGAUUAGUGAUGUUGAACUCUUUCAGCUUGAAAUUGUAUAUAUGCCAAUGUGUAUUACCAUUCAAAACAUAUGGUUAAGAAUAACACAAAAUGUGAGAUUGAUUUGUAAACAACACAGUCUUGCAUCUCGGAUAUUACCAGUCACAGACUUUUAAAAUCAAUUUGCAUUGUAAAAGUGAUCUUUUCUUAAAAUUUCCUAUGUCAACAAAGUUCUCGAUGCCAUCAACUUGGGCAAUAUCCUUCAUAGAAUAUCAGUUCAAUCAUAAAACUGAUUUUUCUAAAUCUAAGACAAAGCUAUACCUAUUAUCUUUUAUACCUAAACCAAACCUAAUAUUAAUAUAUUAUGGACUGAACGAAAAGGAAACAACCAUUUGGCCUAAUCGGCAAAAAAUGCAGACUUUUUUCAUAGUAUCAAAAUAAACGUCAUAUAGGAGUUUAUUACAGAAUAGCAUUAAUAAAAGGUUUAUGUUGCGUUGUCGUGUGUGCAUCGUUUCGUAUGGAAGAAUACUAUAUGAAAUUUAAACUCGAAAAGAAUGGAAGAAAUCAAUAUAAAAGAAACCAGUUUCGUCUUUGAAUUCAGUUUUGGAUAUGUGAUCAUCGGAGACCACUCAGUUAACAUCAACAAUUCAAAAUGAAGCGGUUAAAUUAAAUAAACUGCACACUGGAACCUGUGACUGGGCAAACAAAAAGUGUACGCGUUCAUUGCAUAAUCUUGGAAAUGCUAUUCGACUAACCACAAGUCUCAUGAUAGCAACCGCUUCUCUUACAUAGGAAAUAUGUUGCAUGUUUUUACGAAAAUGGUCCAAAUUUUGAAUCCUACGAUGUAUCAAGGUCGUCUUUUUAAAAGUCGUUUCAGGAAGACUUUACAAUAAAUCGUUUAGAUCUGUACUGACUGAUAUUUGUCUGGAAAAAUUGAUAUAUUUAUUAGUUGUAAUAUACUUUUAACUUGCUUUUAGUAACAACGAAUACUCUUCGAAUGGUACUUUGUGUCUUCUAUCUUCUUGAUAGAUGUGUUUGUAUCUACGUAUCGAUCGGAAUAUUCAAAGUUUCUUCUUACAUCGUGUCAUUAGUUGUUGUCUGUCAGAUUGGUUUUCGUUAACCAUUUAAUCAUGAAUCAGGAAGUUUGUUUAUUCUUAUUUUUUUUUACGUUUUAUUAUGUCGUUGCCUUUUGUGUUUAAAACUUACUGCACAGUUUGAGUUUUCUCAAUGUUGAAGAUCGUACAGGCACCCAUAGUUGCUUACAUCCAAUUCAUUAGAUCUCUGGUGGAUUAUUGUCUCAUUGGCAAUCAUAUCGCUGUUCCUCUUUUUUUAACUUCGCAGAAACACUGAUAUAUGUGAUUUUGAAGGUGACUUAUCUGAUGCAAUUCUUUUACACUUGAAUGUAGUAUCGAAUUUCAAAAAUAAAGUGUCGACGGUUAUCCGAUUUACAUCAGAUAUAAUCAUUAUUCUAAUCGAUGACAAGAAAAAGGAUAAUUUCUAGCAUCAAACGAUAUAUUUACAAUAACUCUGACUCGUUUCAUCAUGGUUUAUUUUAAUGACUUAUGUCUGAUUUAAAGACUGUACUGUGACACCGCAUACAAUCAUCCGGUUUUUAUUUGAAAUUACCGCGAUCAUCAGAAUUUGAUAUGGCACUUUUUUUUUUAGCAAAUAAUCCUACAAAAAAAGAUAUGUAUGUCAAUAGACAGAUGUGAUAUCCAAAUUUAUCGGCAAUUUGAACAUUUCUCCUUUGAUCUUACUGCCUAAAAAAUUUAAGAUCAUGGACAGGACUUGAUACUCAAAAAUAUGAUGCAAUGACGUCAUGUUUCAGUGCAGCAACGUCACGUGCUCAAGUCCAUCCGUGUCAAUUUAUUAAUGAAAUGCACGCGACUUCAUUCAUACAACCGAACAACUAUCCAAAUGUUUUAUACGCGUUAAAGUUGUUUUACCUACAAUUUCAUUUUACUUCAUAUUCUCAAGCAAAAAAAAAAAAAAAAAAAAAGCAUACAGUUAAGACAAAUUGCCGAUAGAAAGAAUAAUGGCAUUCUUUUUUAUACUGACUUCAUCAGCUCAAAUAUCAGCUCGUCCUAGCGGCCCCGCUUGAUAUUCUUGUUGAUAAAGUUUUUAUUCCACAUUGGCUAGAGGUAUAGGGGGAGAGUUGAGAUCUCACAACACCUGUUUAACCCCACCGCAUUUUUGCGCCUGUCCCAAGUCAGAAACCUCUGGCCUUGUUAGUUCAUUAUGUUUUUUUUUUAAUUUUGGGUCAUUUAUAUGUUUAGGAGUUUAGUGUGACGUCCAUGUUUGCUAAACUAGUAUACAUUUUUAAGGGGCAAGCUGAAGCAUGUCUCCGGGUGCGAGAUUUUCUCGCUGUGUUGAAGACCCAUUUGUGGCAUUCGGCUGUUUUUUGCUCUUUUGUCGAGUUGGUGUCUCCUUGACACAUUCCUCGUUUCCAUUCUCAAUUUCAUUGUUCUAUAUAUAUCGGCCGUCCUGGCAAGCUAAGCUGUCUACUUCUGUAGCAAUCAAAUGGUUUAUACUGAAUUCAAAUGAAGCGUUAAAGGCUGAUUUCUUUUCGUAAAUGCUUAAACAUGACCACAUUUGAAAUCUAAAUACCUUUGCCAUGAGUUUCAAGUUUCCACUACUUAGUAUUAUGUGACAGAUAUUCCAAUCGAGCCACUUGAAUCACUGAGGUUGUAGCCAUAACAGUUACAAUGUCUGCUUAUCUGAUUGGAACUAUGAAUAUUUGACCACCGUGGCUAAUUUUCGCGGCUUGUAUAUUCACUGUAGACGCUUUACGUUCGACAAAAAAAAUACUGCAUGUUUUUGUUCUUAGUUUUUGAUAUCUCAAGACUAAACACGAAUGGACGCUAAUAUAUUGGGACUUCGGAUGGAUAUUGUGUACAUAAUGUGUAGAAAUGUUGAUUGAUACCAUUUUAAG